UUCCUGCAAGGAUAUCGUCAAUACCUUGUCCUUGGUCAACAUGAUCCUGGGAUUCUUCUCCAUCUUCUGCAGCUUCUACAGGAAACCCCACUGCGCCUCCUGGCUGCUUCUCAUCAGCUUCUUCUUAGACAUGGCAGUCGGGACCAUGAACAGGCACCUCAGCAUCUUUACCAAAUCAGGAGUGGAGCUGAACGACUUUGCUGUCUUCACCACCUUUGGCCUGGCCUCGGCCCUGCUCCCAGGCCUGGAUGGGCCUCUCAGUGGGCUCCUGGCCAUCCUGUAUGUGCUAGCGACUUCUUUCCGCCUGUGCUUUUUCUCAACCGGAGUCCCCUUCAUCUACAAGGGCCUACCCAGCCCCUACGCUUCCUGUGUCUUGGCCUCCACCUCCCUUCUGACCAGAGGCAACACGUUCAUUCUCUCCUGCGUGGCCUCGCUCAUGAUCCUGUUCAUGAUGGACCAGACCUACUAUCCCCAUGAGGAAAUCCUCGAGUCGGAGAACUGGAAAAAAAUCGUUUAUCUGGGGGGUGUCAUCAUACUGUUUGUGUCUCCGUUCUCUCUGACCCCCUUUUACUGCCUGAUCUGGGCCAUCUCCUACAUCUUCUUUCCAGAUGCGUUGUGGGGCAAGACAAGCUGUCUCAGACGACCACGGCCCCGCGGACACUGACAGCUCCACCACCUCCC